UUGAUUUGCUGCAUGUUUCUGUGUACGGAGUCCAAAAGAGCGCUCCCCGUUUCCGUUUAACGUUUCCAGCGCGAGCGCGGAUGGUGGUCGUGAUGCUCGCGGCCGAAGAGCCCUUGGCCUCCACACCACGAAGAGGCAUGGAUUGUGUGGGCAAAGCUAAUACCAGCAAGAAGCUUGUUCAAGCACGUCUACCUUUCAAAAGGCUCAACCCAGAAACCAAGGAAUGCAGUGAGCCCAAAAGAACCAAAGGUCCGGUUGUCCCAAAGUGUUCUGAACCCAGUGCUUCAGAUGGAGAAAAUGAUGGGGACAGUUCCUCCACCCCGCUGCAUCAUGGCCCGGUACUGGUAAAUGGCCGUGGACCACUUGAUUGCUUCAUGAGCAGGCAGAAGCGUUCCCCGGUCCGCUCUGGCCCUGAAGCCACAAUCGACCUCACUGAAGACUCAAAUGAUGCUGUCAGACAGCAGCCUGCUCCUCCAGUUGCUACCACCUGCCCCCUUAGCGAAGAAACAAUGAAGAAUGCAGAACAUGCCACAAAAUCUACAGAACCAACCACCCCACUGACAAAGAAAAAGACGAAAAAGGAAGAAGAUGGCCUCCCACUGCUGGACAUUGCUCAGGAGUCUGACACCGAGGAAGAGGAGCAGCAGGAGAAUGAAGUCAGUCACGGGAAUGAGUCUGUGCUGUCGACCGAGUCUACCAGCUCCCUCUCAGUGAUAGAGAGCUCACCAGAGCCCAGCAAGAGCGCUCCCACCACCCCUGCCUCUACGUCACAGAUUGAUGCAGCUAGUAAAAUGAAGAGAAGAUCGCUUAAGAGUGUCCAAGAGCAGGAGGAGAAGCGGCAACGAAAGGAAGAGAAAGAGCGCCAGAAAGAGGAGGCCAAAGCUGCCAAGGAGAGGAAGAAAGAGGAGGCCCGCAAACUAAAGGAAGAGAAGGAGAGAGAGAAGAAAGAAAAGAAGGAGAAAGAUGAAAAGGAGCGGCGGGAGAAGAAGGAGAGGGAGGAGAAGGAAAAGGCAGAGAAACUAAGAGCUAAAGAAGAGCAGCGGCAAAUGAAAAUAGAGGCCAAACUGGAAGAGAAAAGAAAGAAAGAGGAGGAAAAACGGUUGAAGGAAGAGAAAGAACGAAUCAAAGCUGAGAAAGCGGAGAUUACACGGUUUCUACAGAAGCCCAAGACCCAGCUGGCACCAAAGAUUCUGGCCUCUGCCUGUGGGAAGUUUGCUCCUUUUGAGAUUAAAGCGAACAUGUCUCUAGCUCCACUGACUCGAGUACAAUGUGAAGACGCUGUUCUAGAGGAGCUGGACCGUUAUCUUGCCCAACCUGACAGCACUCUUAAUGGACUGAAGGACUGGACAAGGCACAAACCUCGUCGUUCAGGUCCAACCCGGCCCAGUCACAGUGCUGUAAGAGAUUGUGUGGUCAUAACUGACAGCCAAAAGGCAGAUGGCGUUCCAGACCGUCACCGUUAUGGCCGCAUGAAACUCCUGCAGUUCCAUGACAACUAUCGUCCAGCUUAUUGGGGGACCUGCUGCAAAAAGAGCACUCACAUCUCUCCACGCUGCCCACUUAAACAGGACAAGGAGUUGCUGGAUUAUGAGGUGGACAGUGAUGAAGAGUGGGAGGAAGAGGAGCCGGGAGAGUCUCUGUCACACAGUGAGGGGGAUGAUGACGAUGAAGGAGGAGAUGAUGACGACGAUGAUGAUGGUUUCUUUGUGCCCCACGGUUAUCUGUCAGAAGGGGAAGGAGCACUUGAGGAAGACGAGGAGGGUGGAGAUCCAGAGAAACAGAAGGUGCGUCAGAGGAUUAAGGCUCGUGAAUGGGAGAAUGAGCUGAUGUCUAAAGGGAAGGUGAGGGUGUUGGAGGCGGUGGUUCGCGGCUGCCUGUGGGACGGGGAAGAGCCUGCGCUGGACCUCCUGCAACCGUACGCUAUCUGCAUGCUUGAGCCUUUACUCAGAGACGAGCCCUGCACCCCUGAACAGGACCUCUCACGCCAGCAGAGGAAUGAGAGAUUGCUGUCACAGCUGCUGCCCUUGCUGCAUGGGAAUGUGAACAGCAGUAAGGUCAUAAUCAACGAGUUCCUGGAGUUCUGUCGCCAGCAAGCAUCCUCACCCACAGGAAGUUUUACUGACAGCGUCCCACCCAGGAUCCACGUCAGGCGUAUCAUAAAGGAGCAUGCCGUGUACGAAAAGCGCUCCACGUACAGACGAUGCUGCUGGUACGUGCAUCCGGAAGUUCUGGCCCGUCAUUCUCAGGAGGCCUUGCCCGUUCCCUGCCAGUGGACCUACCUCACCUCCGGCGCUCAGAUCACCCGCGACGAGCACGCCGGCUCACAGGGCAACUCGCCCAACGCGUCCAGCUCCACCACACCCUCCAACAAGAGGAAAAGCGCCAGCAGCCACUCCAUCACAAAGUACAUGAAGAAAUGUGGCGACUCCGAACAGACUGAGGCCAUGGAGACUGAUGGCUUCCAAGCGGACACUGAAGAUGAUGAAGACGAUGAUUGUAUCAUCGUUGGGGAACAAUCUGGGUCCUCUGAACAGGAUGCCAACACGUCCUUGCAACAAACCGAGAGAAACACAGAGCCCAUGGACACGAAUGCAUCCGAAACUGCUGCUCUUGCCCUACCCUGCCUCACCCCAGCCACCGCCUGAGAUCUGACCCCUUCCUGUUGGGGUUGCAUGCACGUGAACCAGACGCUCAAAAUCUGAUCUACAGUUCAAGGGAUCACACAGUAUUAAAGGUCCCCAGAAUGAA